AUGUCCGUCCAAGAACUUCCAGCAGCCAGUCGGCCAAGCGCAUCAGUCAUACACCAUGCAACGAAAAGUCUCAUUGAAAACCUGAUCAACAUCAAAGAUGACACCGGACGGUUUUUGCUUCAUCUAUCGGACGGUCGCAUAAUUGACACAAAAUCAUGGAACGGCUGGGAAUGGACUCAUGGCAUCGGCCUCUAUGGGAUAUGGAAAUAUUACGAAUUAACUGGAGAUCCCUCUUAUCUAAAACUGAUCGAAGACUGGUUCGCAGCUCGGUUUGCGGAAGGCGGCACCACGAAAAACAUCAACACCAUGGCCGUUUUCCUCACAUUAGCCUAUGUCUACGAGAAAACAGGGAAUCCUGUCUAUCUUCCUUGGCUAGAUAGUUGGGCGGAAUGGGCCAUGUAUGAGCUCCCACGAACAUGCUAUGGUGGCAUGCAGCACAAAACAUAUGCCAUGGAACACAAACAGCAGCUUUGGGACGAUACACUGAUGAUGACGGUAUUGCCCUUGGUCAAAAUUGGGAAUUUACUCGGACGUCCACAUUAUGUUACGGAGGCAAAGAAGCAAUUGCUUAUUCACAUCAAAUACCUUUGUGACCCUAAGAGUGGUCUUUUCUACCAUGGCUGGACAUUCGAAGACGGGGGCCACAAUUUUGCCGGUGCGCUGUGGGCCCGAGGAAACAGCUGGGUAACGAUUGUGAUCCCAGAGAUUAUUGAGCUCAUGGAUCUCUCACCGACCGACCCACUCUACUACCAUCUCACGAAUACACUCGAUGCUCAAUGCCAGGCUCUGGAACGGCUUCAGGAGCCCUCUGGCUACUGGCGGACACUGCUAGACAAGACAGACGAAGGCUCGUACAUUGAGGCAUCUGCGACCGCUGGAUUUGCCUUUGGGAUUUUGAAGGCGAUUCGGAAACGUUAUAUUGGAAAGCAAUAUAGGGAAGUGGCAGAAAAAGCAGUUGGUGCCGUGCUGAGAUCAAUCGAUGAGAAAGGGGAGCUCCAAAAUACUAGCUUUGGCACGGGAAUGGGGGAUACACUAGACCAUUAUCGAAACAUUGCAGUCACAGCUAUGCCCUAUGGGCAGGCAAUGGCGAUGAUGGCUCUUGGGGAAUACUUGAGAACAUAUAUUUGA